AUGACUCUGCGUAACACGGUCAUUCACGGGUUCGAAGAGGUGAUUGGUGGUGUUUCGGGUUUGUUCACGAGUGAAGUGAAAAGCAGCUGCUUCUCCUUCGCCUACCGUGUGAACACCGUUGCGCCUUACACUGUGGUAUACCCCGGGGGUAUCCUUGGGAGCAUUAUGAAGGGGCUCGUGCGUUCAUACUUCCUGGUGUUCCAGCAAUCGCUGAUAAACUUCAAGGGCAUAUUUGCGCUACUCAUCGGUAUUAUCUGCAAAACAAGAAUCAUACAAGCAGCCGUCAGCGCGAUCAAGCCUGUAUUCCGCUUGGCCAGACGCGGGGCGCGUGGCUUUCAGAUGUUCAGGUCAAAAACAAUCGCCAUGAGGGGAGACCCGGUGGGCCAGGGCGUCAUAGACCGUUUGUUCAAGCGAGAGGCAGUCGUUCUCACUACCAUUCUUUUCCAAAUGCACGCAGUUGACGUGCAGCAACAGUACACGGAGGCUGAGGAAAUCAAGAGUGCCCUAUCAGGCGCCGGGGGAUCGUGGGCUCUCGCCGAAGCGCUCAAGAGUGGCAGUUUGGACCGCGCCACGGAGCCCGCGCCGGAGAACGCAGAGGGUGCGCCACAGGAAAGGCCUGCUGCGGACGCGUCUGUGGAGAACUUGCUAGAAGAUGCACUGGAGUUCUUCGAUAACGCUCACCCCGAGGCGUCAGGAGGAGAUGAGGCCCUUACAACGGUGCAAAAGAUGAAGUUGCUGGCGCAGAGCUGCAGGAAGAACCGGCGUUUUGUGGAGACCUACGAGAAGAGGCAUUACGACUAUACAAAACGGUUGAUCAUUCAAAUGGUGCGCGUUUUGAAAUAUUAUUUCAAGUACUUCAAGUCAUACAUUGCUGACAUCCUCUCCAUCUUCUACGAGUCGGCCAUAGUGAUGCUCGAAACGAAGAUCAACGAUUCAGUCGGUGCAGCCGAAGGGUCUAACAGUCCUGCAGACGAAAUGGUAGCAGCUGAAGCGCGUCAUGCAGCAAGGAGAAGUGCUGCACAAUCAGCAACAGAUGAAACCCAACUCCCCAGGAAACUCUUCAGGGUGCCAAAGUUCGCAGAGGAAGCCACAAGGCUAGCAAACGGGUUCUUUGAAGCCACUGGAGCGUUUUCGCUGUUUGAAAUCGCCAAUGAGGAGACGGGUCCUGCAGCUGAGCUUCGUGAUAUGGCUCUUCGUUUGUUGACGACAGCUGACAGGGAGAUGCGCAAGGGCUUGGGUGAAAUAUACAAACGGUUCCUCAACAGUCAGGUUCUCUUGUCUCGAGUGGAGAAGAACAAAGAGCGUAUUCGCGUGUUUGAUCUCAUUGCCAAGUGUCAGACGCCGCUGGAGGAGAAAACAGAAGAAGAAAAACGAGUCUGCGGCACAACAGUUACAAGCGAGAUUGAUCCCGAUGAAUUCAUUGCAAAGGCACUGGCGGCUCUCAACCUUCCUAUUGCCUCUCCCGAAGAUGAUAUUGCAUUCCACUCCACUGGAGACGUCACGCGCGUCUUCGAGGCUUGGGAGAAAUCCGCAACAGCGAAAAGACAGGCGGGAAUCGCCAGAAUUGCUCAGCUUGCUGGGGAAACAAGCUCCAGUGCGGUGUUCCUCACCCACAUGCGUCGGGCUGUCUACGAAAAGCUAACCUUCCGCCGGUUUGACUACGUUGAGGGAACCGGCAAGCUCGUCCUCUACGACGAAAACGGGAGAAGCUUGACCUUCACUGGUCUCGUCGCUCCUGUCCGAGACCAAAGCGGCAAAAGAGUGUUCAAGCCAGAUCCCCUAGACUGCACCAGCACCUUUACGGUGAAUGAGGGGAACAAAGGAACUCUGUCGUUCUAUGUGCUUGUUGACUCACGACGGGGCCAUGGUGGAGCACCGCAAGAGCAACAUAGCUUCUCCGAGCGUGAGCUGGCCCCUGCAAUUACUGUGCGGGGGUCUAUUCAAUAUGAUGAUACGAGAAAAGAACUACUCAGCAUUCAAAAUGACCCCAAUGCUAUCAGAGAUACAGUUGUCGCACACUUCGUAGACAAACGAGGACGCGUCGCUGCAGAGACGCUGGCCGGAGUGCUGAUGCUUCUGCACCGCCGCCUCCCUAUCUUCUGGAAGAGGAGCCCGGUUGAAUUUAUGCAGAAUCUGACGCCGAAGAUGUUUUUCGACAUUCUUUUCGUGCUGUCUACCCAGGCCUACGAUCAGGCGGAGGCCACGGUGCAGCUCGAUGGAAAGCUGUAUACAUUCCCGAAGUCUUUCAGUGCUAUGAAGGACAUUGUGCUGAGUUCAUUGAACAGAGCAAUUGUUCGCAUGCAUAGUUUGAACGCCUCGGACGCAGCUCUUCUUAUUGCCAUGGGUACUGUACACUUCGCCUACAAGAAGAUUCAGAAACACAGAACAGGCAGAACAUCCACAAUGCACCUCUUCCUCCGGGAGGUCAACCAUCUCAUGAACAUCCUAAAGACUCAACCAGACCAACUCAAAACCCUUUAUCCCGAAUGUGAAUUCCUAUCAAAUUGGGAAACACCUCAAGAAGAAGGAGUGCUGAAGUGCGCCAUCUUCCGAUUCAUGAAGAUAGGAUCCCUAACAAGCCUUGGGGAGGCGCAGGAGGAGAUCGUGACGUACGUCACAGCCUUUGUACACAAACUGAGCGAACUGAAGGGCCAGGAAACAUGGACUUCGUAUUUGAAUUUGGAUUAUUUCCUAGGUGGCGCAAAGAUGUACGGGAAAACAGCAGCGAAAUACAGGUUUGAGGUGCUGUACAACCAAAUCAACGACAUUCCCGGAACAGAAGAAGAAGAAACCGAGUUGGCUAACCUCAUGAAAAAACUCCAUCCAUCGCUUGCAGGCUACAGACCACCAAGGCCCAAGAAAAAAGAAGGAAUCUUACAAAUGCUCAAACGAUUCAAAGACAACUUCAAGGUGCUCCCACAAAAACUACAGGGAAAACUCAUAUCACCUAAAGUCAUUCAAGGUCCCCACUUCAUGAGCGCCCUGAAAUACGCUGAGGUUACUACCUACCCGGAUCUGAACAGCAGCCGAGAUGUGUUCAUAGAGGUAUCGGACUUAGAAGAAUUCAGCAGAGUUUUGUUGACUCUCGAGACAGUCGCCGGCACACUCGAUAGCCCACAAAGCAUGUACAACACCGUCACUCAAAUCAGGGCAACUCCAGCCUUCACUGCCUCAGCAAAAGAGGAGCACGGCAAGUUGAUAGAACGAGCUCGUUUAUUGGGGAAGGAGGUGGUGAAGGUUGCAGCGGGUUGGAUACUGAAGACUGCCGGGGGCACCGGGAUCACCAUGGCUUUGGGCCUCUUAGCGCUGCACGAUACAGGGGGCAUCUUCACUGACAAGGCGCUGCAGCUGCGGUAUCUCACCUCCGAGGCCCUCGCAUACCUCAACUCCUCACUGGACUUGGCUUACGUACUCAAAAACCUCCCCCCACAAACAAAAAGAGAUGCAGAAUUAAUGCGCUUCUCUAUGAGCGCUGGGGGCCCGAAUUCGUUUGUUGUGAAGGCUCAGUCUGAGCCUCGGGGUUUGGGUCUGAAUACCGCAGAUGCUGUGAAGGUGGAGGAGGCUCUACUGCGUGUUGAGGAGGCUGGGGUUUGGGAGGGCGGAUCCAACUCAGAGAAAUGUUCUGCUCUGAUUAGCUCCGUCUUGCGUGACCCCAUCAGCCCAACAAGUUCUCUGCCUCAUGAAGUCCUACUGACAUCGGAUGCGUUUGGUUUAUGUUUCCUUCUCUUGCGGCUACGUUCUUAUAUCAGUGCUGAGAGGGACACUGUCACAAUUGAUGAGUUGCUGCAGACAGUUUAUAUUGAUGGGCUGCCGCUGGUACAACACUUGGAUUUCUUGCAACAGAGACGGGCAGAUAUGGAUGAAAGAAAGCUGCGAGUGAAACUCAUAACUCCUUUCUUGCGUCUUCUGCUUCUUACUACUGUUGAGAGUCUGGGUAAUAACCUAGGUGGUAUCAGCUUCAGAUCCUAUGAUGCAGAGGCCAAGAUGAUCUCUUUCCAGUAUACACUGCAGGAUGUCUCACCCCAACUGGCUCCAGCAGAAGUACUCGCCUAUGCCGCCGAUCUCCUUCUCGGGUCUCAUACAGACAGACGACACCGCUUUAUCACUUUUGCUUUCGAAGGUCCCCAGUUCCUUAUGGAUUGGUACCGCUAUGUCGAGCCAGAGAAACUUCGUGCUUACGUUGAUGCCGCUCGUGCACAGAGGAAAGAGUUGCUAGGGAGGCAGCAGUGA